GCUUGACUGUAAAGUGGAGAAGUGCACGACUUUCCAAGGUGCUGCAAAUAUUUGCUUGGAUUGCCCAACGGGGACAAUUUCCUUUUAAACGUCAAGGUCAUGGCCUCUCCCAGCACUAUCUUGUCAGAGGCGCUGCUCCAGUGCGGCAUCUGUCAGGAUGUUUUCUCCGAGCCCGUAUCCAUUCCCUGCGGUCACAGCUUCUGCUUCAACUGCAUCACAUCCCGCUGGGAGCACGGCGCCGCCUCCAGCUGUCCCAAAUGUGACACGCUUUUCGCUACCCGGCCGGAGCUAUGCGAGAACUCUUUCGCCAGGGAAAUGUCCGAGCGCGUCCGAGCCAGAAGGAAGCCGGUGGACUCAGGGGUCCAGGAGAUGAUCCGAGACAGACGUCAGAAGGUGGAGGAGAUCAAAAACUGCGUGGAGCUCACCAAAGAAAAGGCCAAGUUGGAACUAGAGCGGAGUGCAGAGAUCUUUUCUUCUCUGACCCGGGCCCUGGAGAGAAGCUGGUCUGAGCUGCUGGAGACCAUUGAGAGGCGGCAGGUUGCAAUGGAGCGCUCGGCCCAGAGGCUCAUGGCACAGCUGGAGCUGGAGAUCAGCGAGCUGGAGAGGAGAAGGAGCGAGAUGAGGCAGCUCCCGCACACCGACGACCACCUCCUUCUGCAGGGAUCUUCAACGUUGUCUUCUAAGUCUCGUCAUGACGACGUGGUCCACUCAGACACGUGUGCGGGGAUUGUGAGGAGAGCUUUGGACCACGUUGAUCAACAACUGUGCUAUUUUUUAAAAACACUUUCCAUUCAAGAGCAUGACAUGAUGUUGCAGUAUGCAGUUGAUGUUUAUCUGGACCCCAGGACAGCCAACCCGUGGCUGGUUCUGUCCGAAGACGGGAGACGGGUUCAGGAUGGAGACGUUGAGCGGGACCUGCCGGACCUGCCUGAACGCUUUGACACUGCUCCGUGCGUGCUGGCCACCGAGGGUUUCACCACCGGGAGGCACUAUUGGGAGGUGGAGGUGGGGGACAAGACGUCGUGGGAUCUGGGCGUGGCCCGGGCGUCCGUCAAGCGGAAGGGCUUGGUGACACUCAGCCCGCAAGACGGAUUCUGGGCUGUGUGUUUGAGACGGGCCACCGAGUAUCGGGCCUGCGCGGCACAAGCACACCUUUUGUAUCUGCCCCAGAGGCCAAAGGUCGUCGGGGUGUUUUUGGACGUGACCGACGGGACGGUGUCCUUCCACGACGCCGAGGCCAAGUCGCACAUCUAUUCCUUUACGCACAUUAGCUUCGCAGAGGCCGUGUUUCCGCUUUUCAACCCAGAUGUGAGUGACAACGGAAGGAACGGCUCGCCGCUCGUCAUCCGGCCUGUUGAAGGAAGCGCCAGUUUAGACAACGUCACCAUAUAAUGUCAACACACUUUAUUUAUUCAUCUAUAAUAUCUAAAAACAAAAUUUUAUGUUGAUGAUACACAAACUCUUUCGUGGAGGAAUUAGAAAAUAAAUACUGUUGUGAGGCUGAAA